AUGCUCGGUCGCAACGUUAGCGCAGCUAUAGCUUUGCUCUCGCUCGUUCUCUUCUCCUCGACUAGUGCAUGGCUUCCUCCUAUCAUCACCAAGGGCAACAAGUUCUUUAGUUCCAAAACGGGACUUGAAUUCCGUAUGAGAGGAAUGGCCUACUACCCCCGACCCAACAGUGGAGAGAUGGCUGACGUCGGUAACUACGACUGGGGUGCGGAUGAGCAUGAAGACGUGUGGAAGCCUCAUUUGGAGGUGAUGAAGGACCUCGGGGUCAACACGAUUCGCCUCUAUUCUAUCGACCCCAGUGUUUCGCACGACAAGUUCAUGUGUGCGUGCUCGGAAGCCGGAAUCUACGUCCUUGUAGGCGUCACUGCACCUUGCCAUAAUUGCUCCGUGCAGGAUCAUGUCCCUCCAACCUGCUAUCCGGCCGAGUUGUUCACGCGAGGGCAAAUGGUCUACAACACGUUUGCUGUGUACGACAACACUCUGGGCUUCAGCGUCGGCAACGAGAACAAUUUGCAGGUCGAGAAUGGAGCCGAUGGAACCACGACAGCUCCGUGUGUCAAGGCUUUCCUUCGUGAUAUGAGAAGUUAUGCUGCUAGCUGUUCAGGAGCCGUACGCCAGGUCCCUAUGGGGCUGGACAUUGCUGAUAUUCCUCCACGCUGGCAGUGGAUUUCCUACUACGAUUGCGCGGUCGACAACGACGAGAACACCCGCGCUGAAUGGAUGGGGUUUAACCCCUACGUCGAGUGUGACCCAGCCACGAACACGAAAUACUCGCAGUCCAGUGGGUUGAAGACGCUGAUGGACGAGUACGCAGAGGUGAAAUACACUCGUCCUCUGAUGUUCGGCGAGUUCGGCUGCAACAAGGGCCCAAACACCAUCGACGGAUACAAGAACCAACGCGAGUUCUACGAUGCAAAAUGGAUGAAUGAGGAGCCCGAGAUGACAGCGGAGAUCGUAGGUGGCAACGUGUUCGAGUUCACUACGGAAGUCGCCAAUUUGGUCGACAAGUCCGGUACGCAACGAUUCUAUUUCUCAUAG